CCUCUCUGGACAAAGGGACCGAUCCACUUAGGGGCUUGGAGAAUCUUAGAAGGUGUUUGAGUUUGCAUAAGAGGAUAUCCUGGGCAGCAAAAGCAAAAGCAAUGAUUGCAGCUUCAGGAUAUACAGGAUCAUUUCCUGAAAGCAAAGGCUACUAUCAAGUGUAAAAUAGCUCAUGCCACUUGCAGCAGAGAAUCUUCGCUAACAGCUGUGGAAAAGAUUCACUAGAUCGCAGGCAAUCCGUACAGCAUAUUUACAGAAGUCGUUACUUUAAUUUAAAAUGGCUGAAGAGUUUGGAAGUUUGGAAUCGGAUGAGCAGUAUGAAGAUAUCCACAACUGGACAGAGCUUAUGUACUACCUCAACAAUUCUUUCUCCCUCUGCGAGGUUGAUCUAGAUGAAGGUGUCAAACAGAUCUUCCUCUUUAUUCUGUAUCUACUUACAUUUGUUUUUGGUCUGGCUGGAAACUUACUAGUGAUAUGGGUAAACUGGCAAUCAAGAAGAAGCAAGAGCUCCAUUAAUCUCUAUAUUUUAAAUAUGGCAGUGGCAGACCUUGGAGUGGUUCUUUCCUUGCCCUUUUGGAUGUUGGAGGCACUUCUGGAAUAUACAUGGCUCUGGGGUGGAUUUUUGUGCCGAUUUACACAUUAUUUCUAUUUUGCCAACAUGUUCAGCAGUAUAUACUUUCUUACUGCUCUAAGCGUGGACCGCUACUUGACUCUAACAUCGUCUUCAGUGUUCUGGCGUCAAAACCAGGUAAAGAUCAGAAAAGGUCUUUGUAUUGGUAUCUGGGUGAUUUCUGCCAUUUUUCCCAUACCAGAUGUUAUCCACAUGCAAUUGGUGGAUACUUCAGACCCAGUGUGCAUGUUUAUGGCACCAUUUGAGUCCUAUGAUGAAUGGGCUCUUGCGGUUACUCUCAUGACAACAAUCCUUGGGUUCCUGAUCCCUUUUGUUGUAAUCCUCAUUUACAAUCUGAUGACUGCCUAUCACAUUAAGAAAUCUGGAAGACCAGAAAGCCGAAGACACUGUCGGCUUAUUUAUGCCUACAUAUUGACGUUCCUACUUAGCUGGCUGCCCUAUCAUGCCACUGUGAUAAUACUGACACUACAUGGAUCCUACAUCUUUAUCAACUGCCGCUUUGCACAUAUUCUUUAUUUUUUCUAUGAGAUAAUUGACUGCACUUCAUUGCUUCACUGUGUGGCUAAUCCAGUCCUUUAUAAUUUCCUCAGCAAGGAUUUCAGGGGCAAAUUCAUUAAUGCCGUUGUCAAGUACAUUCCAAAGGAGAAAAAGGCUGGUGAAAAUGCUCCAGAACAUUCCACGUCUGUUACUGAUCAUUCAGUUGUAAUAACGAAAGAACCAGGAACACUUCCCGACAUUCCUGGCAACAAUAUUCCAGAAUUAAAAAUGUAAUUUUUUUUCAAAUGAACUCGCCAGCCAGUUUAGACUUGUUAAGGAAACAUGCAUUGAGAUGAAUAUAUGGAGGAUAACCAUGCUGACCUCUCCUUUUGAAAAUGCCAUUUUGCUUGCCUGUCAUGCUGUUCAAGUGGCUUUAAUAUUGACAUUACACAGAUUUUGCUUGCUGCUAGCUCUUUGACCAUGAUUCAUGCAACUAGCAUUUUCCCUGUCUACAUUUUUCAGUACAGAUUUCCUUUUAAAAGGUAAUAGCCCUGCCCAAGAGCAGAAAUCACAAGUAACAUUGAUACUAAAGGCUCAAUUUAACUGACUUUAAGGAUAAGUUCUGCCCAACAUCCAUCCCUCCAGAUGGGUGCUCUCAAUGAAGAAUAGGCUGGUGGGCAGUGUAAGCCUAGGGAAGCCAGGGCCUUCAUAAAACGAAAUUCAUAGGGUUGAAAAGAGGCUAUUCUGGCUUAUAAGGGUUAGAACAGGCACCUUUGGCUGACCAGUUUGCUUUAAGAUAUUUAUAAGACUAUAAGAGAUAAACCAAAGCAAUCAAAAUGGUGUUGUUGCCUUCAUAAUCUGUUGUAGUUCACAUUUUUUUUUCUAAGUUAACAUUUAAGAACGAAAAUAAAGAAACCUUUACCGGUCUGUGAUGGGCAGGCAUGAAAUGGCAUUUAUUAGCUUAUUUUCUCAUAAAUCAGCACUACUGACCUUUGUGCUGUUCUCUUGUAUAUCAUAAUUAUACACAAUGAGAGUUACUUUGACUAUGGCAUUAGGUUCCAUUUACUGCUCCAUCACAAUAAACCUCAUGUGAAUUAUUAUAAGCUAUACCGCUAAAACCUUUGUAUAUGUUACAGUUUUGUGUAGUAAGCCAUAGUGGGUUCAAAAUGUGUAAUUACGUUCUGACCACAAAUGGAUCAAGCACUGGAAAAUGAUCAAUUUCUAUUCAGGCCACAUGCAUUGGUUUGACUAACUGAUUAUAUGAGAACAUUCUCAGGAAUGACAGUCAUUUUGGAACCAUGAUAUAAAUGUAUAUGGGUAUGUGUCCACCCAACCUGUAGUUCUCUAUUUAAAAAAAUAAAUGAAAAUGUUUUGGCUCUAGGUCUGCAAUCCGAAAUGCAGCAUUACAAGAAACAAUGUGAUACUCCUGAAGAAACUUCAUGAAAAAUCUUGAGGCUUAAAGAUAUGCAUUCCCUCUGACCACGCUGUCCUUCAGCCAAAAGACAAUUCCUGAUUAAAUGAAGGCUUGAGGAAGAGGACAAAUAUUCAACAUAUGAAAAUAAUGUAUAACUAGUUUUGAGAACAUUUUACCAUGUUCCACAGAGAAAUGGACUAACCGUACAUAUUUAAUCUUACCCUAUUUACCCUGAAAUGCUAAGUUGGACUGAAGACAGUAAGAACUCCCAGAUGAUCUAUGAUGAAAAGAUUAAAGGCAUGACAGUAAGAACUCCAAGAUGAUCUAUGCUUAAAAGAUAAAGGCAUUGCAAAAAAGAUACACUGAUUUGUAAAUAAUGAAUGUUUUGUAACAAAAGAUGAAAUGUUCAUGUCAUAUUGUAUUUCAGAUUGUAUUUUCAUUAAAAUAAGUAAACUAAGGAG